UCCGUACGACACUGAGCAGCUGCGAUAUAAAAAGAGGAGCACUUCUAAAGCAUCGCCUGCAACCACUUUCCAUUCACACACACCUCCAACCAGAUCUCUUUUUAUACAUAUAUACAGAGAAAGAGAGAAAGAUAGCGAGAGAGAGGUUUUAUUUUAUUUUAUUCAAAUUUGAUCUAUUUUAUAAACCCCAGAAAAGCAAAACGAAAAAAAAGCAACGAGAAGAGAAAACUUUGCUGCUGUUGUUAUUAUUUGAAAGAGUUUUUUUUUUUUUUUUUUUUUUUUCAAUGCUAUCAUCAUUAUUCAUUAUUGUAUUGUUAUCACUAUUAUUAGCAUAAUAAUAGGCACGCGAGCGCAGGUAGGGAGUGGCUGAUUCCCUUGGGUUUUUUUGUGUGUGUUUUUGUAAAGUAAAUCAGAUUCGGAUAUUAUUCGGCUCACCAUGCCCAAGUCUAACUUUGUCCUGUGUUUGACGCUGCUUAUCUCACUGGGAUUGUCAGAGAGCGACGAGCCAAGCUUACCCCAGCCGCAGGACCUACCCGUGCCGCCGCGGAGAGAGGGAUCCACGGCAGCCGACGGGCUGCUGGUCGAUGCCGAGGAGCCCGCUGCCCAGGAGUGCCCGGCGUGCAUGUGGAGGGAGCACAGCAAAGUGCUGAGGCUGGAAACCAUCAAGUCCCAGAUCCUGAGCAAACUGAGGCUCAAGCAAGCGCCCAACAUCAGCCGGGAAGUGGCCAACCAGCUGCUGCCCAAGGCCCCUCCGCUCCAGCAACUUCUGGACCACCAGGACUUCCAGGGGGACGCGUCCUUGCAAGAGGACUUGAUGGAAGAGGACGAGUACCACGCCACCACCGAGACCGUCAUCACCAUGGCUUCAGAACCGGAGCCCCUCGUCCAGGUGGAGGGCAAACCCAGCUGCUGCUUCUUCAAGUUCAACCCCAAGAUCAUGUUCACCAAGGUGCUGAAGGCGCAGCUGUGGGUGUACCUGCGGCCGCUGCAGAAGACCUCCACGGUGUACCUGCAGAUCCUGCGGCUCAAGCCCGUCACGGAGGAGGGCAGCCGGCACAUCCGGAUCCGCUCGCUGAAGAUCGAGCUGAACUCGCGCGCCGGCCACUGGCAGAGCAUCGACUUCAAGCACGUGCUGCAGAACUGGUUCAAGCAGCCGCACACCAACUGGGGGAUCGACAUCAACGCCUUCGACGAGGGCGGGAACGACCUGGCAGUGACCUCCCUGGGACCAGGGGAGGAGGGGCUGCAACCGUUCCUGGAGGUGAAGGUGAUGGAGACGUCAAAGCGUUCGCGACGCAACCUGGGCCUGGACUGCGACGAGCACUCGCUGGAGUCCCGCUGCUGUCGCUACCCGCUCACCGUCGACUUCGAGGCGUUCGGCUGGGACUGGAUCAUCGCGCCCAAGAGAUACAAAGCCAACUACUGCUCCGGCCAGUGCGAGUACAUGUUCAUGCAGAAGUACCCCCACACCCACCUGGUGCAACACGCCAACCCUCGGGGCUCUGCCGGCCCGUGCUGCACCCCCACCAAGAUGUCGCCCAUCAACAUGCUGUACUUCAACGACAAGCAGCAAAUCAUCCACGGGAAGAUCCCAGGCAUGGUGGUCGACCGCUGCGGGUGCUCCUAAAAACUUACAACCCCCCUCUACACCCCCCACCCCCGCCCCGGUACCGUCCCGACCAAGAAAAAAAAAACUUUUAUAAAAUAAAAAAUAAAAAAUUAAAUCAAGAACUAC